AUGCAGAGCUUAAAGAUGGCAGACUACAUAGGCUCCGAAAUUCUUGUUACCGUCACCAAAGCUCGCAUGCUUGUAGGUACGCUGGUGGCCACCGAUUCGGAACUCAAUUUGUUAUUAGACAACGUCGAGGAGAUCAGUGCCAAUCGUUCUCGAAAACUGGGUCUCAUCAGCGUCCCACAAACAACAAUAGAAUCCAUACAGAUAAAGGCUACGCAGCUAGAGACUAUAAAAAAAUCGAAGUUUGCAUGGUCUGAGGACAUAAUAUGA